AUGGCUGGAUCUAAGAAGUCACUCGACUCGGUGAUUAAGAAUCUGGACAGCAUCAAGGCUGAUGAUUUCGACACUGACGGCGACCGUAAUAAGCCGCUUCUGGCUGCUUACGCUCUUGUCAGUCGCCUCGAGACACCAUGGGAGACUGUUUCAAGGCUAUGUAUGAGCCAGCCAGCCCUAGUCGCAAGUUUGAAGACAGCCAAGGACUUGCAACUGUUCGAAAAAUGGGACUCAAUAGGUAACUCGACUGAAGAUAGUGACAAGCUCACUGCCAUGGUCAAUUGUGAUCCUUCGCUUCUUGGUCAGUCGGGCGCCUUGAAUAAAUUCCAAUUGCAAGACCAAAAUAUCUCGAUUGGCUCGGAUUCUCCGACAUCUGGCAACAAACAUGUGCUACAAGAGGUGUCCGCCAACGUUUUCAAGCCUACGGAAUUCUCGAUCUCCCUCCUGCAGCCUAAAUUUGGAGAAUGGAUCAAUUGGCUCUAUAAUGGAAGUCUCCCAAGCUUCCAUAAGAUGCCAGAAUUUCUCCAAAAUAACGACUACAAGCCUCCCACAAACCCAGCCAACGGCAUCUUCCAGGACGCUAAAGGCUACAAGGGAGACUUAUUUCACUAUUACGCAGAACACCCUCGCGAGGGCAACUCUUUCAAUCAACUGAUGGACGGUAUUAUGGCUCGUCAGGCAAGUCGGCUGGACGUUAUACCUGCCGACAGCUUUUGUAAAUGGGUGUAUCCAGAUACAGCCGCGCGAUUGUAUCUUCAAGACCUGCCCGGUGUGAUUGCAAACUCGAAAUGUCCAGAACCGGUGAACAAGAUGGCGCAUGAUUUUUUCACGCCACAGCCUAUCAAAGGAGCUCGCGUGUACUACAUGCAUAGCAUAGUUCACGAUUGGUCUGAAAAGCCCGCUCAUAAAAUUUUAGAAAUGCUAAGAGACGCCCUGAAGCUUGGAUACAGUAAGCUGCCGAUUGAUGAUCACGUCGUCCCGGACAAGUCAGCACACCAUCAAACGACCUUUUUUGACCUUACCAUGAUGGCUUUUGUUGUUGGGCAAGAGAGAACGGAGACUGAAUUCCGCACACUAAUUGAGGCAGCGGGUUACCGUUUUGUUAAGGUCUGGAGGUCACCACUAGCACCUCAGGCUAUCGUGGAAGCCGAGGUGGCUUAA